AGCAUCCCCUGUCCGUGGCGGCGCGGGAUGAGGCUGCCCGCCGCCCCAGCAGCUCCGGGGACGGCUGCAGCCCAGGGCUCCGGCCGCCGGCGCUCGGCCCCCCGCGCCCCGCCGCAGCACCCCGGCCCCGCGGCCCUGAGCCAUGGUCAGCCGUGAGCCCGCGCCCGGCCCGGCCCCCGCCGGCGAGGGCAGCCAGGAGAAAGCCAUGACGGUGCGCUCGGUGCUGCUCAACCGCGACUCGCCCGACAUCGAGAGCCGCCUCAAGCGCCGGCGCAACCGCACGCAGCAGGUCCGCUUCAAGGACCUGGUGGAGGCCGGCGCGGGGCGGGCGGGCAGCCCCUCCCCGCCCGGGCCCGCCGCCGGCCCCGGCCACAACACCCCACGUGCCUCGCCGCCCCCCAGGGACCCCCCUGAGCCGGCGGCUCUCCGUGCCUCGCGGCGCAGCUGGCCCCAGGCGCAGCCGGGCUCGCUGACGCUGCCCAUGCCCAGGAAGGCGUGCAUGAGCACCGCCAUCCAGACCUCCCCCAGCCUGCAGAAGCCCUUCCCGGCCCCCCAGCCCCGCAGCAAGAGCGUCUGCGAUGUGGCGGAGGACGCGGCGCUGCCCGCCGUGGCGAGCGCCCGGUGCCCGGGGGCUGCCGUGCCCACCGCGGCCAGCUGGGCCGCGCCCCCGCGGGCCCCCGGCGGCCUCGCCACCCGCGACCGCACCGCGGCCGGAGCCCAGCACGCCAAGGCGCGGCGCACACCGCCACCGCCACCACCCAGGGACCCCCCUCCCCCUUACCAGGGCACGGCCGGGUGCCCCGCCGCCCGCUGCGCCCCUCCGGUGCAAAGCUGCGCCCCCGAGCCCUGCCCGCCGGCCCCAGCCUGCGCCCCGCUCCGCGGGAGCCCCCGGGGCGGCCACGGGGUCACGCCGCGCCCGGCCUCCGUGCCCUGCGGCCAGCCCCGGCCGCCCGCCGAGCAGCGGGGGCUCGGCCGGAGCGACUCGGAGCGGAGCCUGCCCUGCGGCCGCCCGGCGCCUCCGGGCCAGCCCUCGCCGCACCGCCGGCAGCCCGUCCCCGCCGCGGACACCCUCGGCGUCCGCCCGCCACCUCAGGGCAUCCCCCGGCGGGACCCCCCGCCCGCCCAGCACCAGCUCUGCGCCGCGCUCUGGGGAGGGCCCUGCUGCGCCUCGCCGGCCCCCGCCCCGCCGGCACCGGGCUGGCACGGCCCGGCCGCCGCCACGCCGGACACGACACCAGCCUGCAGCCGGCUCCGCGCCGCCGACCCCGGGCACGGCCGGGCGGGGCCCGAGGGGCCCAGGGAGCCGCCGCCCGCAGCCCCGCAGGGCCCCAGCGCGGGGGGGACACAGGCGGCCGGGUGGGCAGCGGAGGCGCCCCGGCACGGACAGCCCUGCCCCGCCGCCGAGCAGCCGGACACGCGGCACCGCGUCCAGGACCUUCUGCAGCUGGUGGUGGUGGCCAAGGGGCCGGUGGGGCCACCGGCGAGGGACGAGGACGCCCGGACAUCUCAGGGAGAGGGCCCGUGGGGGCCCGGGGAGCAGGGGGACCUGCAUUCCCAGCUGCAGUCCCUGGAAGGGGUGCUGGAGACCAGCCAACAAACCAUCCGGGUGCUGCUGGACGUCAUCCAGGACCUGGAGAAGAAGGAGGCGCAGCGGGACGGGCGCCACUCGUACCGCACCGGGCAGGACAUCGCCAACUGCGGGACCUGCCGGGACUGCGCCUGCAUCAUCUACAGCGUGGAGCACGAUUUCCGCCAGCAGGAGGGCCGCUUCCAGCGGGUGCUGAGCCACAUGGAGCGCGACGCGGGGCCGAGCUCCCCCCCGACGGCGCUGGGGGCGGCGCUGGGGGUGGCGGGGACCUCCUCACCGCCCGGGCAGGAGCCAUCGCCCGUGUCGAGGCUGCCGGCCAAGCUGGACGUGAAGAAAUCGCGGCGCAAAUGCUUCUGGUUCCUGUGAGCGCGGUGAGCCCGGAGCGCAGCACUGACCCCCUGCCCACCUCUCGUCCCUCCCUCCCUCCCGCGGUAGGGUUUGGGUAGCACCAGCUUUUCUAUUUUUAACCAUUCCGUUGAACGCGGGGAGCUCGGGUGUGGAAACGGCGAGGGGAGCGGCGGCUGUAUUUAAGAGAAUUCAAUAAAUUCCGAGGAGACGCUAUUUUUGUUACAUCCUCUCCCGCCUGUGCGCUUCUGUUCUGGAGGAGGAU